AUGUCCGCCAUUGUAUCAAAAGCAGCUGGUCUUGCUAACUCCUUGAUCUCCAAGUCAAAUGAACUUGUGACAAAGUCUAUCUACUGGAGCAAAGUUGGUUUAGAAUUAUCAAAGAAUGUCAUUCAAAAAGAAGGCAUGGGCAUUCCAACAGGGAAACAAUUUGAAUCCGUAUACCAAUGUGCUGUGAAGCUCAUCAAGUCACCCCAAGAACAACAAAAAUUGAUUGAGCAAGCUAAGAAAUUCAGACCAGACACUAAACAAGCAGUCCAAUAUGGUGUUUACGGUGUCCAGAUAGUCGGUUUCUUUUCACUCGGUGAAAUCAUUGGAAGAAGAAGCUUAUUUGGUUACCCAAAAUUGGACAACUCGCACCACCAUUAA